AUGUCCAAGAAAGCGAGGACCGAGUUCUUCCCUUCCAUCUCGAAGAUCCAAUUUGAAGGGCCUCAGAGCACGAAUCCCUUGGCCUUCAAGUACUACCAGCCUGAUGAAGUCAUCAUGGGAAAGAAGAUGAGGCAAAGAGCAGCGGAUUGGUGCAGAUUUGCAGUGUGCUGGUGGCAUACCUUCAAUGGGCAGAUGGGAACAGACCCUUUCAGCAAUGUGAAGACUCAUUUAAGACCUUGGGAUAAAGAUAGCUCGAUGGAGACCUUCCUCACCCGAGUGGAUGUGGCCUUCGAGUUCUUCACGAAGCUUGGGGUCGACUACUAUUGCUUUCAUGAUGUCGACGUUGCCCCACAGGGUGAGUCUUUGACGGAGUUUCAAUCCAACCUCGACACCAUCUCGGACAAGCUCUUGUCGAAACAAAAAGAAACUGGCGUCAAGCUGUUAUGGUCAACUCAGAAUCUUUUUUCCCAUCCUCGGUACAAGGAUGGGGCUGCAACAAGCCCGAAUUUUGACUCCUUUGCAUUUGGCUGUGCGCAAACUAAGAAGAUGCUGGAUGUUGGGAAGAAGUUGAAUGCAGAGACACACGUCUUCUGGGGUGGCCGCGAAGGCUUUGCUACCGCGCUCAACACCAAGGUGAAGAGUGAGUUGGACCACAUGGCGAGCUUUCUGAAAAUGGCGGUGGCCUACAAAAAGAAGAUCGGUUUUACAGCACAAUUUACCAUUGAGCCCAAAGCUCGUGAGCCCACAGCGCACCAAUAUGACUAUGAUGCACAGACUGUGAUUGGUUUUCUGUACCAGCAUGGCCUGGAGAAUGAUUUCAAGGUCAACAUCGAGCCCAACCACACAACGCUGGCCGGCCACGACUAUGAGCAUGACCUUCGCAUGGCCUCGGCCCUUGGGAUGUUGGGAUCCAUUGAUUGCAACGCUGGACAGCCUUACCUGGGAUGGGACACCGAUGAGUUCCCCUCGGAUCCGAGGAAGGCGUUGUUGUCCAUGCUGAUUGUCGUCGAGCAAGGUGGAAUUGCUCCUGGGGGAAAUAACUUUGAUUGCAAGCUCAGACGAGAAAGCACGGACAUUGAGGACAUGUUUAUUGCCCACAUUGGCGGCAUGGAUUGUUUGGCAAGAGGCCUCAUUGGCGCGUGCAAGCUUGUCCAAGAAGGGCUCAUGAAGAAGGCUCUAGAGACCAGGUAUUCCUCUUGGAAUACAAGCAGUUUGGCGAAGAAGGUGGAGGAUGGAAAGGCCACACUGGAAGAGAUCGAGGCGUAUGCCUUGGCGGCCUCAGAGCCCAAGACCUCAAGUGGCAAACAGGUCAUUGACCGAGCGCAAUUCAAGGACAUUCUGUUGAAGGCGCCUGAUGCCAAGAUCCAGGAAUACCGUGGUUACUUGGACACUGUUCCUCUUUUGUCAGCUCUUCUCAAGGAAGAACGGAAUGAGCUCGCACAUGCACUGGUCGAGAUGGUUUUCAAUCAAGGCGCGGUGACCAGUUGCUUUCCUUUAUGUCGUCGUUUAGCAGACUGA